AUGUCUACCACCAACACCAGCACCUUCAUCCUGGCACAAUUGACCAACAACAUCCAGCCAGUCAUUACUGCUGAAAAUGCCAAGCAGAUGGUUGAGGAGGCUGCCAGGGUUGCAAUGCAGGCACUGAGAGGACUUUGGGGCCAGGAUGCUAAGCACUGGGGCAAAGUGGCUCAGCUUGUGUGGGCCCAGCUGGGAAUGGUCCACAUGGUUGUUGAACAGUGGUGA